CUCCAUGCAAUGAACCGCAAAAAGCAUCGUGAUCUCGAUCGAGAGACCGAUGAUAGAUGAAUACCAGUAGGCUCAACAAUACCAGUGCACCAGGUCCGACCAAUAGCAAGAUAAGACUAUAGCAACAGCAUGAAGAAAGGACGUCGAGGUUCACGAAAACAAGAGAAGAAGAGCAGAGACGUCGAGGAUGAACCACCGAAACCUAGAACUAAAGGUGGUUCCGCAGGGGUAUCCAGAGAUCAGGUCCUUGCUGCUGCCACUGUGGUUGGAAUCGCUUACUUGGCGCUGCCAUUGAUAUUUGGUGGAAACGAAAUGGGAAAGCCCCUUAGAUUGGACAAUACUCCAAAAUUCGAUACGGACAACUUUGCCAAGUCGAAUGCUUUGACUGUCGAGGAGCGACUUCUGGAGGAGUGGUAUACCGGUGGUGGUGUGACUAUUGAGGUGGGAAAAGAAGGCCAUAGAGGACUUGUUGCAACCAGAGACAUUCAGCACGGUCAAGUCAUCACCAGCGUACGAUAUCCCGACCUGGAGCAGGAGCUUAACCGGGAGUACCCAACGCUUCGUACACGAGUUGAGAAAUUCCUCAACACUGCAAAAAGAGAGAUGCAUGGACAAACAACAUUAACAACCGCGAAAGUCAUGUCUCUUCUCAAACUAUUAAUGGAAGAGUCCAAAGGAGAGGAUUCCUUUUUGAGUUCAUUCAUUGAAUCACUCCCCAAGAACUUAACAGACAUUGCUUGGUAUUGGUCUGAUACCGAGAGACUGUGCGUGGUGCCCCGUCCCGACUCGGAGUCCCUUCAUCAUGAUCUCAACGUUUAUCACAGGGUAAUGGAGCAGGUAAAGAGCAAUUUUGAGCCACUGCAAGAAAUAUACAGCAAGGAAAAAGUCGAAUGGGCCUAUCUUAUGCUGAAAACCAGAGGAUUUUCGCAAUUCUUCCUUCCGUUACUACAUUUAGCUAAUCACAAUGCAUUGAAAGCAGUACCAGCGUUCCUUAUACCUUCUUCGGGUAUGGCUGCUUACGUUGCAACACAAAACAUCAAGGCCGGAGAUCCUGUCUACACGAGCUACGGGACGAUGACACCUGUUGUAACGGCUGAACAAUAUGGGUUUGUUGAAUCAGAAGAGGACGCUACGUACUUUGAAGUGCCAUCAAUCCAUGAAGAAAUCUUACAAUCAGAACGAACAAAGGAUGAGCCGCUUUGCACACAAGAGCCCGUACGCUUUUUUGGAGACAUAACCACACAGAGAGUUGGUACAAAAUUCAAAAGUGCGGGUCAUUCAACUUUCUUUAAAGCAUUCAUGCCAGACGAGCGGUCGUAUGCUUGCAUUCGUGUCUUACUGCAAACCGAACGUGAUACGGAUGUUGCCAGAUACAUUUCCGAAAAGCUAGCAGUGGACCUGGAAAAGUACAGGUCGAUGGCUAGUGCCCCACAUUGUCAGUCUGCUGAAGGAAACAUGCCCUUGAUUCGAAAGGCGAACCAAGUAACAGCAAAAUUGAUGGAAGGGGCCCUCAAAGUAGCCGAGGACGGUCGAGACUGGAAGAUCGCCUAUCCAGAUAUUCCAAGCUACAUAAUGAAUAACUAGCAGUGCAGCUUAAUCUCAAUCCUAUAGUAAUGGUUUGCCGGCAUAAUUUGUGCUACGGGUCGAAAUAUUCUUGUGAAGCCAUCACAGC